AUAAGUGUGGUCAAAAGAAGUCGGUCGCGGCGGCGGUACGGUCGUUGAUGAAUUGAAUGUUAUUUAAAUUUGUUGGAAAUGUACCGUCUUUUAUUCAUAAUGAUUAAUGGUUGUAAGGCGGCGUGAGUUGUAAGUUUUGUUGCCCAGGUCAGCUCUCUCCACGCCCGCCCCAAGGAUAGAAGUCAAGCCGGUGACCGUCAAAAAUAUCACGUACUUCUUAACUUGCAACUUCGCUUGCAAUUUGCAUUUCCAUUUUUUUUUCUUUCACAAAUAUCAGUGUCAUUCCCCCCUCGUGAGUUGUGUGUUCUGAAGCAAUUAUGGCUUCUGUUUUUAUGAAAACUUUCCCAUCUGCUUUCCGUUCCUUGGUGUCAUCUUCUGUUACCUCGAGACUCCAACUGUUAAACAACACUUACAGAACGUUUGAAGAACGGUUGGGCUCGCCGUCACUUUCGCCAUGUUCACCCGUGUCCACAGGGAUGCUUUCACGGUACAGCUCUUCUUGCAACACCUGCAGCAGUUUGAAAUGGCAUUGUUUAUCUUCUUCUAAUGACAACAGGUUACCAGUCGGCAUCAAAGGCAAACAUACAUUCGCCCACAUUGGACCAUGUAGGUCGUUUUCACUUGGUGUUCCUGCUUCUAAAAAGAGAGAAUUAGUGACUAUUCACUUUAUCAAUAGGGAUGGAGAGAAGUUGACAGUAAAGACAAGCACUGGACAAAACCUACUGGAUGUUGUCAUUGAUAAUGACUUGGACAUAGACGGCUAUGGUGCUUGUGAAGGAACUCUUUCCUGCUCCACUUGUCACCUAUUCUUCUCAGAGGAACUCUUCAAGAAUUUACCAAAACCCUCUGAUGAAGAGCUGGAUAUGCUUGAUUUAGCAUACGGACAAACAGACACGUCUCGCCUUGGAUGCCAAGUUGUCCUUACAAAAGACAUGGAUGGCAUGACGUUUGUUGUCCCUGAUGGGGUAUCUGAUGCCAGAGACGUAUAAUCAUUGAAUUGUAAUCAUCUAGUGUUGUCAAAAUUAGACUUGUGGACAAGUCCUUUAUGGUCUGCCGUUGUGAGAUAGUUGAUUCAUGGUGGUUUGGGUAAUGAAUCAUGUUUCCGCGAUGGAAUACUGCUCUUGCAAGAUCACUGCUCUGGCACAAAGCCGGCUCUUGACUACUACUCUCCCAUGUAAUGAGACUGAACAGCGACAGAGGCUGAGUCUUGCAGCCAGCAGUCUCGCGAGAACAUUGCCAGUGUCACGGGAAUUGCGGAGAGAGUCGAAACACUACAAACAGGACAGACAUUUUUUUAACGACUUGUCCACAAGUCUACCCCAAAAUAGGCUUCACACACUGUGCAUUUGAAUAUCUUAUUUUGCUGAAACUAUUCCACAUGCAGGGUUUGAAUUUGACACUGGAUAACUGGCCCAAGGCCAGUAGUUUUACUGUCUGGCCAGUCAACUUUUGACUGCACAAGUCCAGCAGUUUUGUGAUUUUUUAGAUAAUAAAAAAUUAAUAUUAUUGAGGAAAAAAAAUAACUCACUGUGUCACGUAUUGAACACAAAAUAAAAUGUUCAAUAUUGACUUAUUAUAAUAAAGGCCAAAA